CAUUCUCUCAUAGAGAGAGAGAGAGAGAGAGAGAGAGAGAGAGAGAGAGAGCGAGCGCACUCCACCCUCCAAACGCUCCUCGGUAGUGCUCCCAGCAUCCUCUCCUCUCUGCUUUUCUCUCUCUGUCUCUCUGAAGCCCAAACUGAUAUAGGGAUAAACGCACAUCUGGCGGGUCUCUGCUCAUCACUAACAUCAGCACAGCGCGGCCGCAGGGUCCGGCAUGUCGGUGUCGAAGAAGCACGAGAGCGUCUUUUGAGCGUCCGCUUCAUUUGUGCCAGGCGCCCGUCUCGCCUUGAGUCCAACCGAGAAAGAUGGCCGCCGCCGCCAAGCUGCUGACCAGCGCGGGCCUGCUGCUGGCUCUUGGCUCACUCUGCCUGCUCGCUAUGGCCAUCUGCACCGACUACUGGUACGAGACGGACGCGCGGCGGCACCGCGAGCGUUGCAAGAGCUACGCGAGCAACCGCAACGACCCGGGCUACAUCUCCAUCUCGAACCGCAACCUGCCUCUCCGGAUGCCGCCGGAAACCGGUGCUGGAGGCCCGACCAGAGACAAGAGGCACCUCGCGGCUCCGCUGGCGGCUAUGGAGUCGCACUGCAGCCGCCGGUUCAAUUCCACCGUGUCGGGUUUGUGGAGGAAGUGUUACCGCGACGGCUUCGACCUGGAGACGGACGAGCUCAUCUACAGAGGUGUGAUUCAGAGAUGCACUCCAGUGACAUAUCACUACACCUCCUCCAUCCUGCCCCGAAAUCUGCCAGUCAACAUCACUAAAACCAUCCGGCAGGAUGAGUGGCAUGCUCUGCAUCUGCGCAGGAUGACUGCAGGCUUUGUAGGCAUGGCUGUCUCCAUCAUCCUCUUUGGAUGGAUCAUUGGGGUGCUGGGCUGCUGCCAGCAGCACGACCUCAUGCAGUAUGUAGCUGGCCUACUCUUCCUCAUGGGAGGAACCUGUUGUAUCAUCUCCCUGUGCACCUGUGUAGCGGGAAUCAACUUUGAGCUGUCACGGUAUCCUCAAUACUUGUACGGCCUUCCCGAGGACAUCAGUCACGGCUACGGCUGGUCCAUGUUCUGUGCCUGGGGUGGUCUGGGUCUUACGUUACUAGCUGGCUUCCUGUGCACACUCGCACCAUCCCUAAGCAGCCCCUCAACCCAUACAACCGUCCACAAACCAAGGCACGAGAAUGGCACUGUGUGAGAAACCUUCCCACAAAUCAGCACAAGACACUGGUCUGGUCAUCAUCACACACACACACUCAGACUGCCGAAAUCACUCCACCAUCCAGUUUAACACCUCUCAUCAGCAUCAGGACAUGAGUGCUGGAGGUGGCUGGAUAAUUAUAUUCGUCUCCUGCAUGGCAGCUAGUGAUGUGUAACUGUACACAAAAAAUUAGAUUGAGCGAUCACUGUCACUCCUCAAGCACACUAAAUAAGACACAGUCAGGAUAGUUUCAGCAAAGGAAAUGUAGAUAACCACACACACACACACACACACACACACACACACACAAAUACAAUAUACACAUAUAGACCAUUCCAACAAUAGACAUUCCACCCUCCCAAACUUAAACGGAAAAAGAUGUCCAAAAGGCGAUUUUUCUAUUUCUUUAUGAACAUACAUCUUAAAAUGGUGCUCUCUGUUCUCAAUACCACAUGCACAAACAAUUAAAGAAGUCAGGACUAGCAGGGACAAACACCAUCUGGAAGCCAUGUUUUUUAUCUCUAAGUAGACUGUACAUUUUUUUUUUUGCUUUUGACCUUUCGAGAUUUAAAUCCCGAUCAGGACUUGUAUAAACACCACCAUGGUCCGAGCUCUUUGUGCUCCAUCAGAAGACUGACCUUGUAGCAUUGGUACUUUACUAAAGCCUCUAUUGCAGGAGUACAACAACAACAAAAACUAGCCUAUCACAGCAAUUCCUGAUUAGAGCUUUAAAAAGAGCCAUAUCAGCAAGAAAGAAGAAGAGAAAAAAAGCCACCCUGGUUUUCAUUGAGCUGAAGGACCUGAACUUAUCGCUGUAAAGACUGUGACAUAAGGCUGAGGACGUUACUGAAGAGGAGAACAGCCGUGAGAGGGAGUUCAGGAUGUAUGGAAUUAUGAGAUAAAAGAAACGUUGGAUUGAUGCAUUAGUGAAGUAAACUUUCUAGGGCCUCUACGAGUCUAAUUGUACAAAUCCUCUUUUUUCCUGUAGAUUUCAUUCCACUGUUUAUAUGAAAUAAGGCUUGGCAAACAAUGGAGCUUAAUAUUUUUUUCUUUGUUAUCAUGCUGACACUGGGCAACCACACUGUUGUGAGGGAUUGGAAACGUUUCAAUCCUUGAGAGCAUGCAGUACAAGUAAUUGAGCUGACUUUUAAAACAAUGCUUCUCUGAACAUCACGUCUUGUAAAGUGGAAUUGCAGUUGUGAGCUCACACCAGGAAUCCUAAUUAUUUAUAACCAAUUAUAAAAACUAUAAUAAAUAAAUCACCUUUAUAGUUAUUUUUCUCUCCCACAGGGCUUUCAGAUCUUCCCUGUAAAUGCAGGAAGAGGCAUUUUUACACAAUUUGAAGUCUCACAAAUAACACACAGUUUAGAUGAGCGCAUAGAAAAGUGUCCUAAUGCUAUAGUAAAGGUACAUUGUAUAUUGGUACAUAAUGUACUUUAUCUCUAAGUAGACUGUACUACUGUACAUUUUUUUUUGGUAAUGAUUACGUUACCCAGACCGCACCUUGGAUACAGUUGUCAGGGGUGGGCUAUAUAGCAAAAAUGUUAUAAUGAUACACAAUGUAUACCAAUUCUUACUAAUGAAGUGCCUCCAAAAGUACAGAGCCACAUUUAAAAUUAGUGUUAUAAACAUCAGUGUUCUAGUAGUAUUGACAAGUAAAUUGUAACUUAUACUAUUGUUGAAUUCUUGAUUCUGAUUGGACAGAAGGUGUUUAUUAAUUUUCAAGAACAGCAGCUCUGAUAGUAAUGCCAGAUGCAAAUCAAAUUAUAGCUUAUUUUAAUGCCCUAUCACAUAAACAUACAAAAAAAAACUUGUGCAAUUGUCGAUAUAGUGUCAUUUUCUGUAAGGAGAUACUUAUUUAGAAUAUCUGGAAAGAGGAAGGAGUCUUCGGUGUCAGCGUUUUGUAACAGUCAGAGCAAAAGCUGCAACUUAAAGUUUUUCCGACACAGGAAAGUCUCCAGGACUGCACAGUUUCUUGGUAACAUGACAUUUGUUUCUUUCCAAUGAAAGAAAAACAAGGGGCUGGUGAGGGAAUUAAUGUUUAUAGCUGCGAUAACAGGAACUAAUAUAUUUUUCAGACACCACACAACAUUAAAUGUAACCAUAGCCUAUUGAAAUGUAUGACAUAUUGUUCUUUAAUGGCAAAUUAAUGUGGUAUAAGAGAAAUAAAACACUUCAGGAAAUGCUGUUAUGGAGGUCAACGUUCGGGGUGAUAACAGCUGCAUUGCAGCACCCUGUCAUUAUUUUCUUUUAACAGCACAUUCUGUUGUGUUUUAUUCCUUACAUAAUUUAUUGAAAUAUUAAUAUCAUAUUGUAUAUAGUCCCUGCCCUAUAUUUAUUCCUCUGUAAUGAACAGACUGAGGCUCACAGAGCUCUGCUGAAUUCACGAGAAACAGCUUCUAGAUUGUAAGACAUCGCCAACAAAAUUUUGAUUCCAAUCAGCCCUAGACCUGUUUUUCUAUAUAGGGUGCACCGAUUUGACAUUUUUUGACCUAGAUAUGGAAUGCACUAAAGGUGCAGAUUACUACAGCACUAUCUGUGACUUAAAACCUGAGCACGGCACAUUAAUA